UGGAAGAAGCUGUUUUCCUCCAGCAGAUAGCAGGGGAGCACUGGCAGCUGGUUAGACACAGAGGAGCUGGGGACAGGCUUGGAAAUCUGACAAAUUUUUAAAAAGGGAGGCACUUACAGAAUACACCUUUCUCCUCAAGGUUCCUGUUAUUUCCUCUCUGGAUGGACAGUACCAGUGUAAGAGAAACUCAGAAACAGACAGCAGUGUCAAUUAAAAAAGGCAACAUGAAGGAGCCUGAGAAGCCACGUGCAGAGGACAAAUUCUGCUGCAUUUCCAAGCUGAAGGUAUUUCUGCUGGCACUGUCACUUGCCUUCCUUGGGAAAACGAUGUCUGGUGCUUACAUGAACAGCAUGUACACACAGAUAGAGAAACAGUUUAAUAUCCCAGCUUCUUUAGUGGGCAUCAUUAAUGGAAGCUUUGAAAUUGGGAACUUGCUGCUGAUAGCAUUUGUGAGUUACUUUGGAGCAAAGCUUCACAGACCCAGAAUAAUUGCUUUGGGCUGCACAGUCCUGUCCUUUGGAUGUCUUUUGAUAUCACUUCCUCAUUUUCUGUUUGGGAGAUAUCACAUUGAAAGCAGCAUUUCACAAUGGGAAAAUGUUUCAGUGAUGCCUCUAUGCCUUGUUAAUCAGAACUUGUCCUCUUUGCCUACAGAGGAACCAUCAACAGAAUGUGAAAAAGAGCCUGGGUCCCUGCUGUGGAUUUUUGUGAUGGUUGGAAACAUCGUGCGAGGGAUGGGUGAAACCCCCAUCAUGCCUUUAGGCAUUUCCUAUCUGGAGGAUUUUGCCAAAGCAGAGAAUUCACCUUUCUACCUGGCAUGUCUACAUACAGCAACUGUAAUUGGCCCCUUCCUUGGUCUGUUGUUGGCUUCAUUCUGUGCAGAGCUGUUUGUUGACAUUGGAUCAGUAGAUGCAGAUGAGAUCACCAUAACAGCCACUGAUGCCCGCUGGGUUGGGGCGUGGUGGCUGGGCAUUUUGAUCUGUGCACUGCUCAAUCUCCUCGUGGCAAUCCCAUUCUGGUUUUUGCCCCAGUCCCUCGUGAAGGAAGGCGAAGCCAGUGAACCUGAGGAGACAAGUGAAAAAACUGCAACACCACUGCAGGAAAAUGACAAGAAUGAAACCAAACAGACCAUGUAUGAAAUCGCUAAAGAUUUCAUCCCCUUCCUCAAGGCUCUGUUUCACAACCCUGUGUACAUGUUAUUUAUAUGCAUAACUGUGUUGCAGUUCAGUGCCUUCGAUGGCAUGGUAUCCUUCAUGCCCAAGUAUCUGGAGCAGCAGUUUGGGAAAUCUGCAUCAGAUGCCAUCUUUUUAAUUGGUGUUUACAACCUGCCAGUUCUAUGCGUUGGGUAUUUUUCUGGCGGCUUAUUCAUGAAGAAAUUCAAGAUAAAUAUCUAUCAGGCUGCGAACAUAGCAUUUUGGGUAUCUUUACUGGAGUACCUUCUCUACUUUGCUGCCUAUUGGACUGUCUGUGAUACCUCACCAGUUGCUGGGCUAACAGUUUCCUAUCAAGGAAUAGAGCAAGUUUCAUAUGCAGAAAACACUCUGCUGGCUGGCUGCAACAUGGACUGUGAUUGCCCACUUAAAAUAUGGGACCCAGUUUGUGGGAGCAAUGGAAUCACUUACGUGUCACCUUGUCUUGCUGGGUGCAAAUCCUCAAGAGGAACUGGAAGAAGUUUGGUAUUUGAAAACUGCACCUGUGUUGCUGCCUCAGGGUUUUCAUCUCAAAACUUCUCUGCAACUCUGGGCCAGUGUGAUGGACACGAAAGCUGUGAAAAGAUGCUCCAUUAUUUUUUAAUCUUGACAUUAGUCUGCAGCUUCAUUUUUUCCUUAGCAGCCAUGCCUGGAUACAUGGUCUUAAUAAGGUCUCUGAAGCCUGAAGAAAAGUCAUUUGGAGUGGGUAUCCAUGGGCUGGCUUCAAGAGUAUUUGCUGGAAUUCCAUCUCCCAUUUAUUUUGGAGCCCUGAUAGAUACCACUUGCUUGAAGUGGGGUACUAUGACUUGUGGUGGGGAAGGAGCGUGUAGGAUGUAUGAUAUUGUCACAUACAGGUGGCACUACCUUGGCCUGCCAGCAGUGUUGCGUGGAGUAUCCUACAUCCCAAGCACACUUGUUCUCCUAAUUUUAAAGAAGAAACUGAAAUCUGAAAAGCCAGUCUUAUUAAAUGAACCAAUAGAAAUGCAGGAUAAAGCACAAGAAGCAGUGAAAUAGCAUUUCACAGAAGGACAUGUUGGGAAAAAAACAUUGCAGUGUAAAUAUUGGAUAUAUCCUUGUGAGAUUUUUUUUUUUGCUUUAAGUAAUGAACACUUGGACAGAGAUGAAUAGAAUUACACAUAGUUGUAUCCUACUUACAUUAUAAAAGUAUCAGUUUAUAAACAAAAGGCAUGGGAAAAUAUGUUUGGUGCAAAAGAACAAGGACUAGAAAUAGGAAAACUUAGGAAAUGCCAGGUCUGAGCUGUCUGAGCAAAGGGCUCUGAAGCAGGAGCAUGUGUGCUCUGUCCUGUUUCACUGAAAAUAGAGAGAAUUUUGCAUUUGGCUCCAAGUGAUGCCAGAUUUCAUCUAGGAAUUCUCACAUGGUUUCUGCCAGAGUGUCAUUGACUGUAGACAGCAUUUGUGGAUUCUUUGGGCCCCACUUUUCCAUAAAUUUAUUUUAUUAUAUUAUUAGUCCUUUCAGAAAGGGAUUAUUUGUUCUUCUGCAUAGUAUAGGUGGUCAAUAUUUGGAAACCUGGUUUAUGACAUGGUCUGGGUGUUGUGGUAAUAACAAUAAAUUUUAAGAAUUACAUUUUU